UCUAGGGAAGGAGGUGGGGUUUGGAGGCGCUUCGCACAGGCUCAGCCUUUGGAUCUCAGAGAGAGUUAAGCCUUCUGGCUGUUUGAAUGUACUUUCAGGUCAAGCUGGGAAGUAAAGGGUAAUGGCUGCUUUCAAAUGCUUUAAAGACAUAAUUGCUCAAUUAUCACUGCGCUGAGCAAAAAGGAGCCGCAGCGAACUGCUGGCUUGUGAAUUGGUCUCUUUCCUGUGCUGGAUGUCGCCUUUCUAAAGGAGCCUCAUCAUGAUCGAUAGCUCCAAGAAGCAGCCACAGGGUUUCCCAGAGAUUUUACCUGUUGGAGAUAUUGAAUCACUGAGAGAGAAGGAAUGGCUUGACACGAACAGCCAGAAAAGUCUCAAGGAAGGUCAGUUUCACGGUUGGGGGUGGAAACGAGAAGGCGAAGCCGGGCAAAUGUGCAGCACCGAGUUCCGUUUAAAUGAGAUGGUACUUCAGCUGAGGCUACAGCAAAGGCGGACAAGAGAACAGCUGGUGGACCAGGGAAUCAUGCCACCUUUGAAAAGCCCAGCUGCAUUCCAUGAGCAGAUCAAGAGCUUGGAAAGAGCCCGGACUGAAAACUUCCUGAAGCACAAGAUACGCAGUAGACCUGAUCGGUCAGAGUUAGUCAGAAUGCAUAUUCUCGAAGAGACAUUCGCAGAACCCUCUCUGCAGGCAACUCAGAUGAAACUAAAGAGAGCCCGGCUAGCAGAUGAUCUGAAUGAGAAGAUUGCUCAAAGGCCUGGUCCUAUGGAACUUGUGGAAAAAAACAUCCUUCCAGUAGACUCCAGUGUUAAAGAAGCAAUUAUAGCAGUGGGUCAGGAGAACUAUCCGGAAGUUUUGGAGGGCUUAUUUGAUGAGGACAGCAGUGACGCUUUAUCUCCAGAUCAGCCUGCUAGUCAGGAAUCCCAAGGCUCCGCAGCAUCCCCUGGUGAGCCCAAAGCAAGAGAAGUACCGUCCCCAGCCACACCCACCUCCUCGACUCACCAGUAUCCUGCAUUACCACCAUCGGUACCUGAAUUUCUGAAGCCGUCUAUCGCGGACCGAGACACUACACGCUCUACAGCUGCUAUUCCUCUCACCACAAAUAUAGUGUCUGCAGCAAAACACUGCAGUGGGCCAAGUCUAGUAAAGCAGCCCCACCCCAAGAACCCAAACGACAAGCCGCGGAGCAAGAAAUGCAAAGAGCCCAAGCCCAGAGUGAAGAAGCUGAAGUACCACCAGUACAUCCCGCCUGACCAGAAAAGCGAGAAGAACGAGCCGCAGAUGGACUCCAACUAUGCCCGCCUGCUGCAGCAGCAGCAGCUUUUUCUGCAACUGCAGAUCUUGAGCCAGCAGCAGCAACACUACAACUACCAGACGAUUCUCCCGGCACCUCUCAAGCCAGUGAACGACAAACCAAGCAACAGUGGGAAUUCAUCGCUGAAUACUUUGAGCACAUCUUCAGCACCUUCCAACACAGCAAGACAGAAUAGUAAUAUUUCCAACAGAAAGCCAGGACCUCUGCCUCCUAGCUUGGAUGAUUUAAAGGUACCUGAACUGAAAAUAGAAUUAAAACUAAGGGGAUUGCCAGUGUCUGGAACAAAAAUGGAUCUCAUUGAACGUUUGAAACCCUAUCAGGAUCUUAACAACAAUUCUCUCAGCACAACUAAUGCAAUCGCAGUAACUCCUUCCACUAAUGGUACCAGUAAUUCUGGAGAAGUAGCAGCCGUCUUCCCCGUUGCUACCUUAAGUAAGCCAGCAGCCAGCUCAGUCCCCAGCUUUUCUUCAGAAACCACAACUGGCAGCAAACUGACGCACAUGGAAUGUAUCAGCUCCCCGUUGCCCAUCUCCCCAGCUCCUUCCGAACAGUCCAGCCUUGGGGCCGAUGACACUAACGUGGGCGACACCUUGACGGAAAUUAUGACCAUGAUGUCCCCGUCGCAGUUCUCAAGCACAUCGCCUCUUAGAGCGACCACCAAUGAGGACAGCCACACCAGUGGAGGCAUAUCGAACAUGGAGUUCGAUGCAGCUGAGAAAGACCGUAGGCUCCAGGAAAAAGAGAAGCAGAUUGAAGAGCUCAAAAGAAAACUGGAACGAGAGCAGAAGCUGGUGGAAGUGCUGAAGAUGCAGCUGGAAGCUGAAAAGCGAGGGAGCCAACAGCCGCCCCAAGCAGCAAUGGAUUCCACACCAACGUUGAAUCAGAAGCAAGUCGGUUCUGCUGUCAAAGAGGAAGGCACAUUAGCUGAUUGCUCUGAUGCAAGACAAUCCAUACUGGAAGUUAGCCAUUCUUUAGGGCAACCCAUGUCAAUGGAUGUCCAGAACCUAGUUGCCAAAAAGGCUAUUGUGAUCAAGCAAGAGGUACCUUUGGCCAAAGCUGAACCACAGAAUGUCAUAUCUCAGUUUUAUGUAAGUUCGCAGAGACAGCCUCAAACUGCGGUUGUUGCCCAGCCUCAGGCUCUACUAACUGCACAAGGCACAGCACAACUGCUGCUCCCCCUCUCUCUCCAGGGUCCAAGUUCAGCCACUUCAGUGCAUCUACCUGUGGGCAAUAUCCAGGUUCAGGCCCAGCCCCAGGCAGGAAUUCCAAGCAUGGCACAAGUAUCUACUUCCUCUAGCUUGGCCCAGAAAGUAGCACAGAUGCAUCCUACACCACCCAAACAAAAUGCUUCCCCUCAGCAUGCACUGGGUCAGGCCCCACAAAUUCGAAAGGUAUUUCCUCCUACCUCACCAAAUUCAGCGUUUUCCUAUCAAAAUCAGUCUGUCUCAACCCUGCAGCAACCAUUGUUUAAACAAGCAUCAAAUCCUACAGUUCACUCAGGGAACCAGGUACCCUUGGUGCAAAAUGGACCCAGUGCCCCUCAGAAGCCUGCCUCCCCGCUUCAGUCCCAGCAGUACCUGAUACAGCAGCCUCUGUUCAGCAAUUCAGUAACCAAGACGAAAGACCCCCCACGCUAUGAAGAAGCCAUCAAACAGACCCGCAGUGUGCAGGCUUCUCAACGAGAGAUUUCCAGUUCCCACAGCCAGCAGAUGGAUGACCUCUUUGAUAUCCUCAUUAAGAGUGGAGAGAUUUCUCUGCCUACCAAGGAAGAACCUUCUUUGAUUUCCAAAAUGAGGCCAGUUACUGCCAAUAUCACCACAAUGCCAGUGAACACUGUGGUGUCCCGUCCACCACCCCAAGUCCAAACGGCCCCUCCUCUCUCCUUAGAACCAACAAACAACUUCUCUGUAAGUCUGGAGAACCAGCUGGAAGCCCUCUUGGAAGGAACGUUGCCUUCAGGGAAUGAAAUCCCUCAACUGACAAGCAGCAGUGAGGACACAGAGUCUUUCUCUCUCAUUGAGGACCUGCAGAACGACCUUCUCAACCAUUCUGGCAUACUCGAUCACUCACAGUCGCCUAUGGAAACAUCCGAUUCGCAAUUCACCACUUCUAAUUCCUGUUUGUCCCUUGACCUUCCGGACACAAAUUUGGACAACAUGGAAUGGUUGGACAUUACCAUGCCAAACACUUCGUCAGGAUUAACCCCACUCAGCUCAACUGCGCCAAGUAUGUUUUCGACAGAUUUUCUCGAUCCUCAAGACCUGCAGUUGCACUGGGAUUAACGGAAUGAAAAGACACCGCCGACUUGAUCAUGGUUUUUCCAGAUUCUCUUACAGUACAGGUCCACUGUUUCACUAUCCUUGUUUUCAGGAUAAUCUUUAAAGAGAUCCAUAGGGAUGACAUUUUUUUUAAGAAAGCAUGUAUAGUAAAAAUGAUCAGAGUGUUUCACCAAAAUUGAAGUAUGAGAAUACGGUUUUCUCACCUUCCAGAUUCUAUCACUGGCAAUUGAUUAAGCGGGGGGAAAGAGAAAUGGGAUUAUAGCUCAUGGUAAAAGGGGAGAGCAACAUAUAUUUGGGCGAAGGCAAUAAUAUCACUGCACCUGACUGUUCCUGUGGACAACUUGAGCCAAGCUUAAGCUGCAUCAUGAAAGCUCUGGCCAAUUCCAUGAAAUGGACGGAAAGUUGUAAAUGUUUGUAUUCUGGGAUUGCUUUACAACUUGAAGAAAAAUCUCUCUGUGCUUUCAGUUGAAAGCCUUGAGUUAAUACUUAGUUUUAGUGCUGCAAAGUUUGUCACUUAAUUGGUUAGAAUAUAUGAAUCAACCCAAAGUCAUUUUGGUCUCUAAAAAUUGGGUACUUGAUUAACUGGGCAGCAGAUUUUUUUAAAAUGUUAUUUUUAGUACAAGUCCUUAUGAAAACUGCAACAAAAAGCACCAUGUUAGAAGUACCCUUGUCUUCUAAGAUGGUGUUUGCUGGGUCACAUGUGCGCAUCAUCUAAAAACAGAGGAAAGAUAGUCCCCACCCCCAAAUGACUGGGUAUUCUCAUAUGCAACUCUUGUACAGUUUUCAUCAAUUGAACAACUAGAACUCAUACAAUCGAUCAAGAUGUAUUUAGUUAGAUGACAAAUGAAUUUGAAUCCAGAUGUGUAUGUGUUUACACACAUGCAAUGCGCACUAGAAAACACCCAUCGUCACUUAUAUGCUAUAUACUGACAAUCAAUUGUACUUCUGUUUGUUCUUUUGGAUCAGACUUCCAAAGUCAUCUCAGCAGGUAGCUUGCGUAAUUUUAUCUGAACAUCAUGAAGAAUGGAAUAUGUAGUAGAAAAAUGUAACCACUGUUUCCUUACAUGUAUUCAUCACAGAAAGGAUAGUAUGGCUAUUUGACAACUGUUACCAUAGGGUUGGAUCUGAAGGUGUCCUGCAUGCAGAAGAGCAUCUUCCGCUUGCAGAAGAGCGGUUUUACUCCUUAUUCUAGAAUGUCCCACAAGACUGUGGCCAAGAUCCAGACUAACUCCACACUGAUACACUAGCAUUCUGCAUCAUGUGAGGGAUAUGUGUGUCCCCCCCCCACCCCCACUUUCCUCCGUAGCUGACUGUGCCUCCUGAAACGGUGUCUCCAUGGUUUGGGGGACCGUCAAGAACAGUGUUAUCUCUAUUUUUCCCCCAUCUGUUUGCGGAAUGGGUUUUGUUCCAGACAGCAGUAUCAAGGCAGUGUCUGCGCAUGUGCAUUCAGCGUGGGGCCUUCCUUAUUCAACCUGAGCAGGAUCUGAAAUUAACGGAGCUAACAUUGAAAAACUUGUUAGUGUGCAUAUGUGCGCAUGCCUUAGAGGGAACACUUCUCAAGAAUAUAGGUUCUUGAGGCACAGGUGACGCAGAGGGAAGGAAGAAUUGCUGAAAACCACACACCCUUGCAUGAUGAUAUUGACACAGGGUUACUCUGGAUGUCAGCCAGUGAAAUGAAAUCCAAAGACGAUGAUCCGCUUUUUAUAGCACUACUCAUGAACAAAUCUUUGUCAAGUGUUUCCAUAUCAGUGCUAGUGGCUAUUUUCCUUCCAUUUAUGGCUCCUUGCAUCCAACACACAGACUCUGAAUUAACGUUAGCCAUUGCUAAACAUGAACAGAAAAUUAAAUGCUUCCAAGUUCAGCAUUCAGAACAUUUCAUUUCAGUGUCUUUGACACGAGAUCUGAAAAUCAAAUUGCAAGAACACUAUGAGUGAUGAAUCUUCAGUACAUACGCUCAACAAACCCAAAUCGUUGUUUUUCUAUGAUCUCUGAAUUGUCUGGGUUUUUUGGGAAAUGCUGAAUGAAGUAAAUGAUAGCCAUGCUUGUUCCCCACAAUCAAGAAAAACAGAUGGGCUCUCCCUUCAGUCAGGCAACUGGAGCAGCACGAAUGGUUCAGGUGUGAUCCCUUUGAGUCCAUGCAUCCCUUUUGCAGUAGCCACAGGUAAUCAGAGCUAAUGAUGUGUUUUGGCAAAAAGGAGGAGGGAUGCUUGAGUGCAUCCCUGUACAGCCAGUCCCAGACUGCUCUUGAACAGCUCUGGAUCAGGCCAUUGUCUUCCCAUCCUUUCUGUUGCAACAGUGAAACAGAAGCAUUGUGGUGGAUAAUCCUGUUGUCUGUUCUGCUACCAAAACUUUAUAAUUUAAAAACUUCACGAUCAGGUUCCUUCUUUUAAACUUCUUUCAGAAAGCUCUUCCCUCUUUUUAACCAUGAAAAAAUAUUGGAAAAAUUGCAACAAUUGCUAAUAAAUCCAAACUACAAAAUGAAAUUAAUCUUACUUUAUACAGUAGCAUUUUUCAGGAAGACACUUUUUUUCUUGCCCAGUGCCACAAAAUCAUUUGACUUUUAAAAAACCCAUAGAAAAUUGUUAACCUUUGUACUGUUGGUAAUCAGUCUUUGAUCAUACAUUUGUGAUCGGGUGUAUCUGUACUCCCAUAAAAUUGGCAUCAGUGCAAGAAUCAGUAAUAGGAAAUCCAAUCACGCCAACUAAGACCUGUAUAACUUGGCAUUUCUUCAGUGAUCAUACAGUGUUUCACACCAAUUUUGCACCUGCAGUAUUCAUUUGCAGUGUCUUUCCUCUUAAAGCCACAAUUGUGAAGAUGCCAAUUCAGACAGUUCGGUUUGCUUUGGAAUUAAUGGAGGCUUUUAAAGUAUAGAAAAUGUUAUUGAUGUCAGGGUAGCUUUAUACCCCUUCCCCCCCACCCACAUACUUUGGGACUUGUGUUUAUGCCAUUUUGUCUUGGCACUGCCACUGAAGUUGUAUGUUCAGUGAUUGGAUACCUUGCUUGCAUUAAGCUUUAGCUGGCUUAGAACUUGUGACCUAGCAUAUGUGCAAUAGCAUUUUUCAUUGGAUAAGAGGUUUUAGGAGAGACUACAUAUCUUCACCUUUACCAUUCCACUUGGCCAUCCUCUUCUGGAGGCUAAUUUUGUGAGGUGCUGAGUAUUUUCCCAUGAGAUGCCAAGUAUCAUUCCCUCCCCCCGCCCCCCGACACAAAGUUUAGUUAGGAUACUUGGCACUCUGAUGGAGCCUGUCCUGGGUAUAGCAGGAAGCCCUGUGAGAUUUAAACACUACACUAUCUGUCUGCUAGCAUAUUUCUUGUGUUGUGUUGUAUACAGAGUUAUAGACCAAAGAGUCAUGAGAUAGCGUCUGUUGUUUGUACCUUGUACUUACAGGGAUGAAUAGAAAUAUCACUUGUUCAAACAAUUAGAGAACUGAGCCAUCAUCCAAAGAGAUGUCUGUGUGUAAGAAACAGGCACACAUUUAGAGCCACUUUUUGAAGUUCUUUAUGCAGCAGCUCUCACUGCCCCAAAAGGCAAGCCAUUGUUCAGUUAAAAAGGUGGCUUGUCUCUUCAGCAAUGGGAGCUGAAACCAAGAACCAUUCAGUUGAAAAGGCUGCUUACCUCUUCAGCAAUGGGAGCUGAAGCAAAGAUCCAUUCAGUUUAAAGGGUAGCUUGCCUCUUCAGCAAUGGGAGCUGAGGCAAAGGGAACUCCUCCCUGCUCUUUGGAUCCUGGUCCAGAGCAGUAGCAAAGAAGAAAAAGGGCCAUCGCACCCUGGAAAGCAACUGGUUUCUUGUAGGCAACAGCCUACAUCAUCAGAUUAAUCUGCUGCCUUCUUGGUUCGACUGUGUCACAAUUAAGCCAGUUAGUCUCUUGGGUGUCAUGGAGGUUUUUGUCGUCUUGCAACUACAGACUGACUAGGAUAUUGUACAAUUGGCAGAGUGCGUGUAAAUAUCGCUUAAAAUUUGCAAUACUGUGUGAGGCUGCAUUGCACGCCUCCCCACUGGGUGCGCUAUCAAAGCCUCAGGAGCAUACGCAACAAGAAACCCCCUCUGAAUAAAAUCCCUUCAAGUGCAGAACUGGUUUCUUCUACGAAAAUUUCAAAGGGAUCAUGAAACAUUUGUAACAAAAGUAUUUAUUUUCUAGAAUAGGAAUGUGUGAUCUUUCUUUGUGCAUUUCAAAAUAGAGCUUUAUUAUCAGACAUUUCUAAAUAACGGUUUGCUUUUGGUCGUAUGUUUGGAAACCUGCAAUCUGUUGUACGAUAUUUACCACAUAUCUGUGAACCUGGUAUUUGUGAAAAGUUUCCUUUUUAAAAAAAAAAUUGCUUGUGUAACUUUUGUGCACAUGACUAUUUUGUAGCACAAGACAUUUAAAUUUUUUAAAAUUUGAGGACUCGGUUAUGUGGCACUCACUACUUGUAUACUUUUUUUUUAAAAGCGCAAGAACAGUUUAAAUCUUUGCAGCAGUACCAAACCACGCCCUCCUUGCUAAAGUAGGAUUCAUCUGCAGAGCCUUUCCACAGCACACAAGAAGCAAAACGGGGUUUGUCACACCAUGUACCCAUACCAGGGAGCCUUGGCUACUCCCUGAUGAGGGUCCUUGUGUGACGCCCCUGUGUGCAACCUGUGUGUUUGACAUGUUUACACUUUGUACAUAAGGUGUACACUUAAAACAUGAUCUGUGAAGUGGCCUACAGAGGUCACCAUAUCAAAGGAAAAAAGGUGACCUGUUUUCUCAGGCUCAUUUUGUGCUGUCUUUUAUGCAGGCCCCAGAAAAAAAGAGAGAUCGUCAAAAGAUCAUCCAAAGAGGCAAAAAUAUUAUUUUAAGUGAUAUAUUUAAGUUGUAGGAAUAUGUAUGCUUCCAGGCUGUGCAGAAUUCUUCUCAUGAAGAAAUCUGUGAUACUUGAAGUGUACACAUUCAUAACAGAGUUGAUCAAAUAACUGCUUUCUGGAUCACAUAAUAUGUUCCUUACGAUGUUUGACUCCACUCAAACAAUGUAAGAGAUGUGUUCUGUUAAACUCAGUGUGACCGACUGACUGAGGUCAUGCAUACAAUCUCGCCGGCUGGUGGGAGGCAGGAGCUCCCUAGCAGAUGAGCGGCUGGCGCGCCCACAUGAGCAACCGUGUGGUGAAGGGAAACACAAGGAACACAAAGACUUCUCCUGCAUCCCAGGGUGCCCCAGGAGGGCAUGAGCACGGAGGCUGCUCUUGUUAAAGCAGCCGUCACGCUCAGUGCUGCUGCUCCUUCACCCCCCAACCCGUGGCCAGAAAUGGUGGCGGGCCAGGGGGGAAGCCAUUUAAUCUGGCAGCAUCUGCCCAAUCACUGGCCAAGGUUCACCUAACCUCGGGUUUAAAAGUGGGGCUUGUGUGGGUGCAGCACUGUUAGCAGCCUCGUUCCCGGUGCUUCGCACGGACAGCCUAACCCAGGCUGGGCUGUCCUAGCCGGUGCGUGUGGAUACCUUGCUGUAUGCUUGCACAAAACACUCAUUUUGUCAGUAAUUAUUUCUUGAAAAAUUGGAUUUGCCAAGAUAUAGCUGCUUCAAGCUGUAAAUCUGUGCUCUGUAAUCCCGGACGUCAUGAAAUUCUAGAAGACUCUUCCAGAGCAAAUAGCUUGCCUAAUAAUAUUUCUAAGUUUUGAUUAUGACAUGUCCUUGAGAAGUAGAAGUCCAGGGUAGAUUGCCUGACUGUCAUACAACUUUCAGAAACCCUAGGAAGGCACUGUAAAGGAAAGAAAGGAAAUAUUGUGGUGUCGAGUCGGUGUCAACUCCUGGUGACCACAGAGCCCUGUGAUUGUCUUGGUAGAAUACCAGAGGGGUUGACCAUUGCCCUCUCCCAUGCAGUAUGAGAUGAUGCCUUUCAGCACCUUGCUAUAUCGCUGCUGCCUGAUAUAGGUGUUUCCCAUAGUCUGGGAAACAUACAGCGGUGACUUGAACUGACAGCCUCUUGCUCCCUAGGUAAGUUGCUUCCCCGCUGCGCCAUUCGGUGGCUUAGGAAGGCACUGUACUGCUGACAAAAUACGAAUACAACAAAUUUUUAUAUACUGCUUUGCAACAAAACGUUCCCAAAGCAAGCAAGUUUACACACACACACACACACACACACACACACACAAUAAUGGCUCCCUAUCCCCAAAGGGCUAAAAUCAAAUAAAUAAAUGAAAUGAAAUGAAACAUAAGAUACUCACUAGCAACAGCCACUGGAGGAAUGCUAUGACGGGGAUGGAUAGGGCCACUUGCUCUCCCCCUUCUAAUAAAGCCACCACUUUAAAAAGGUGCCUCUUUGCUCAUUAGCAGGGGACAUUAAAUGCAUUAAAUAGGUUGUUGAUGUGUGAGCCAGGUUUAAUGGAUGGUAUCUGUACCAUGAACACAAUCCGGCCAAUUUACGCCCCAUUAAAAUCAGGACCAACUUAAUUUUGACUGGCCUGUGCAUUAAUUUGUUAUGCAGAUUGAAAACCUCUAGUGCGGUUGGUAUUAUAAAGAUGUUAAAUGUCAGUAGCACUAAAAGUUCUGAUAGAACUGGAAUAUAGAAACAAUUGUUAUUCAUAAAUUGAACUGGGCUGCCACAGCAUAAGAUGAUUUCCUCUUAAGAAAUCAUCAUUUUAAGUUUUCCUCUAUGUAUCUGUGCUUUUUAAAAUAUACAUCAAGUUAGGAAAUAUUACAAGGGCCUAAAAGGAAUGAUCUCUGGCUAUUUGCCACACACUUUUAUCUGCUCAGAAACAAGCCCCUGUGAUGAAGCAAGUGGUUUUUAAACUGCACUACAGAAUGCUCAAAAACGUAAAGUUAUGACAAAUAGAAAUUUCUUACUUGACUGCAGUUUGGCUUUGAAAAGUGAAGGGGUCAUUCUCCUCUGUGUCGCUGAGGGCAGAAUAUUUGUGAACCAGUAUGUGGUUACCCUUGCAUAUAAAUCUGGUAAACUCCAUGAUCCACCAUGCGGAGGAGAGCUGGUCUUGUAGUAGCAAGCAUGAAUUGCCCCCUUUGCUAAGCAAGGUCCACCUUUGCAUUUGGAUGGGAGACCACAUGUGUGAGCACUGUAAGAUAUUCCCCUUGGGGGAUGGAGCACUGUAAGGUAUUCCCCUUAGGGGAUGGGGUCGUAGCUCAGUGGAAGAGCAUCUGAGGUCCUGGGCUUAGUCCUUGGGACCUCCAGGUAAGGCUGGGAGAGACCCCUGCCUGAGACCUUGGAGAGCCACUGCCAGUCAGUGUAGACAGUACUGAGCUAAGGUGGACCGAUGGUCUGACUCAGCAUAUGGCAGCUUCCUAUGUCCCUAUGAUCAUUUGCAAAGAAGCCUUUGACAGAGCAGGCGCAGUGACCAGCAAUGGCAAGCCUGUUUAAUACCAGCAUUUUAAGUUUUGCACGUUACACCAUUUCAAAGCUCCAGAGCCUUAAAAUAUAGUUGGACUAGCAUAACCACAAGAUGAGAAGCACCAAACCAUUGCCUUUUCCGCUGCCAAGGAAAACACCUCUUGUUUUAAUCUGUAAGAAGAAAAUAGAAGCCCCCGUACAGUAUUUGAAAGUUUGUUUUAAAGAAGAUGUAGAUAUUUUUGAGGCGGCUUUUUUUGUUGUUGUUUUUGAUGUCCAGCACCAAUUGUUUUGUGGUGAAACGAAACUAAGAAAUUAGCACAGGUCUCCGUGUAAAGGGAGGCCGAUUUCUUUCAUUGUAAUGCUUGCAGUAGAAAAUAGUGCUCAGCAUGGUAGGGUGUUUCUCUUCUUCUUUUCAUAGUCACAAUGAACGUCUUGGCAUCUCACUUUAUGAAAAAAGAAGACAGAUACCCCUCUGUACAGGCCUCUUUGUUCAAGCGCUAGAUUAAAGAAAAAUAUCCAGGCAGCAGAGCAUCCUGUGAUUGCCUCUGUAUAAGAAACCAUGAUGCCUUCGUAUUUGCCGUUUGCACCCCUGAAAUCAAUUCCAUAUGUUGAUUUUUGCCAUGUUUUGCACAUUGUAUUGUAUAUAUGUAAGGCAUACUGUAUUUUUAUAUGUGUAGUACCUUUAUCAUAUAUUUUGUACAUAGUGGCAAUCUUGUAGCUAAUGAGAAAAAUGUUUGAUAUCUCAGCAAUUUUGCAAUCUGUGUGUCAAAUAAACAAGUUAAUAUA